CUCUUCCUUCUUACCUCUUUUUACCGUACCUAGCCUUUUUGGUCUCGUCAACAACUACUCCAGCUCACCUUUUGAUAAUCAACAAGCCAACAUGGAAGACGAGGUUGCUGCUCUCGUUAUCGACAAUGGUUCGGGCAUGUGCAAGGCCGGUUUCGCCGGUGACGAUGCUCCUCGUGCCGUCUUCCCUUCGAUUGUCGGCCGACCCCGUCACCAGGGUGUGAUGGUCGGCAUGGGCCAGAAGGAUUCGUACGUUGGAGACGAGGCGCAGUCGAAGCGUGGUAUCUUGACGCUCAAGUACCCCAUCGAGCACGGUAUCGUGACCAACUGGGACGACAUGGAGAAGAUCUGGCACCACACCUUCUACAACGAGCUGCGUGUCGCCCCUGAGGAGCACCCCGUCCUGCUCACUGAGGCUCCCCUCAACCCCAAGGCGAACCGAGAGAAGAUGACGCAGAUCAUGUUUGAGACCUUCAACGCCCCUGCGUUCUACGUUGCUAUCCAGGCCGUCCUGUCGCUCUAUGCUUCCGGUCGUACCACCGGUAUCGUUCUCGACUCGGGUGACGGUGUUACCCACACUGUCCCCAUCUACGAGGGCUACUCGCUUCCUCACGCCAUUCUUCGUCUCGACCUUGCCGGUCGUGACCUGACGGAGCACCUCGUCAAGAUCCUCAUGGAGCGUGGCUACCCCUUCACGACGACUGCCGAGCGCGAAAUUGUCCGUGACAUCAAGGAGAAGCUCUGCUACGUUGCCCUUGACUUUGAGCAGGAGAUGCAGACGGCCAGCCAGUCGUCUGCUCUCGAGAAGAGCUACGAGCUUCCCGACGGCCAGGUCAUCACCAUCGGUAACGAGCGCUUCCGUGCUCCUGAGGCUCUCUUCCAGCCCUCGUUCCUCGGCCUCGAAGCCUCUGGUAUCCACGAGACGACCUACAACUCGAUCAUGAAGUGCGACCUGGACAUCCGUAAGGACCUGUACGGCAACAUUGUCAUGUCGGGUGGUACGACCAUGUACGCCGGCAUCAGCGACCGUAUGCAGAAGGAGAUCACUGCCCUGGCCCCCUCGAGCAUGAAGGUCAAGAUUGUGGCGCCUCCGGAGAGGAAGUACUCGGUCUGGAUUGGUGGUUCGAUUCUGGCGUCGCUCUCGACCUUCGCCCAGAUGUGGGUCACCAAGUCCGAGUACGACGAGUCUGGACCUGCUAUCGUCCACAGGAAGUGCUUCUAAACGCAUGCAAGUCUCAUGGGGACAGCCGGCUGGGAAUAGAUGCACGAUGGUGGAUUUGGGCCGACCAAGCAGAAAGAGGGGGAGCUGGGAGGAGAAGGCCACGGAUGAAAGGGGGAUCCGGCGGCUGUUCUCACACAAAACUAAAAGAGGUCAGACGCACCCGAAGAAGGAGCCUACCCGAAGUCAUCUUCUCUUUCCUCUCCUUUCAUUCGCCUUUUUCCCCUCAUUUCCCUCUUGCCUCUCUUGUGUCUCCUCCUUGUCCUUCUUAUGGUGUCUUUGUUUCUCCCACAUCCUUCACUUCAAUUCUCGUCCUUAUGAACAAGUCGCUCUUCGCCUGAGGCUUCUCUCCUCUUUUCCUCUUCUUCCGCCUUGAAAUGAAAUGAAACGAGAAAGAAUUGUGCAAUUGAUGACUCUCCGUUUUGUGGAUUA